CCGUGCCCUUCCGCGCGGUGCAGCCGCUGGAGGGCCGUACAGCGGGGCGGGGCGGGGACUGGGGCAGAUGUUGCUCACCUUGCUCCUCCCUCCGCUCAAGUCCAGACCCGUCCGUGCCCCGGCGCAGCAGAGCCGGCAGCGGCGGCGGGCUCAGGCUGUCGGCGCGGCAUGGGGGAGGCAAGUGACAUGGACAGCGGGAUCAUGCUGCACUCGGGCCCUAACAGCCCAGUGUCCCCCCUGAAGGAGCGGGUGCAGGUGGGGCAGCGGCAGCAGCAGGCACUGGAGGCCCAGCUUGAUGGCUGCAUCCAGGAGCUGCGACGGCUGUGCCUGCGUGAGGCGGAGCUGACAGGGACCCUGCCCUGCGAGUACCCCCUGAAAGCUGGCGAGAAGCCCCCCAAGGUCCGUCGCAGGAUUGGGGCUGCCUUCAAGCUGGAUGAGAUCGCUGUUCUGCGUGGGGUGGACCCUCUGGAACGGGAGCGGGCGCUGCAGCUGCAGAUUGCCGAGGCCUCCCGCCGGCUCUGCCGUGAGGAGAACAUUGGCCGGCAGGUGCGGAAGAGGCGGCAGACGGCAGCACUCCGGGAGGAGCAGAAGCUGCGGGAUCUGGAGCAGGUCCUGAGCCAGCGGCGGCUCCUGGCAGGGCAGCAGGACACCAAUACUGCCAAGGGGCCCUGCCCCAUAGAGCUCAGUGCCUCUGACGAGAGCUCCAUAUUUGACACCAGACUGCUGGAGGAGGAGGACACACAGCCACCAGGACCUGCCAUCCCACAGAGGUCCCCAUCUCCCAAGGACCUCACCAAGGAGGAGGAGGAGGAGUCAGGGCUUCUGAUGCCCCCCACCAUUCCCUGGCAGGAGACCAGUCUGGACAGACCCUACGAGAGGGCCAAAAAUCCCAGCAUUGACCCUGAGGAUGGGGAAACCCAGACCUCCCAAUGCUAUCUUGGGUCCCUGAUGGCUGCCCCUGCCAGCAGCCCUGACUCUUCAGGCUCCCCAGUGUGCAGGACAGGGGACCCUCCCUACCGGUUUGUCCCCAUCCGGACCCUGGUGCUGUGCCGUCAGGCGGGUUCCAGUGCUUCCAGCGCCCCACAGCCAUCAGGACGGCAGGAACAGACCCAAUCUCUGAGGGUGGACCCAUGCUGGCAGCCAGCCGAGCCACGGGGCCGCAGCGCCGCACCCCGCCGGCGCCCCACCUACUACACAGUCACUGUGCCCACCUCCUGCAUCCUGACCCCCGGCCCCGCGUGCCAUUCCGGCUCUGAUGACAGCAUCUCCGACCUCUCCAGCAUCUCCCACGCCACCUCCCCAGGCAGCAGCAGCCCUGACACGUCCUUUGCAGUUCCGCUGCACCUUGCCCCGGGUCACUACCCACGGGGUGCCCUCCAGCUCCUGCCACCUGCUGGCCCUCUGACUUUCCUGUAUGAGCAGGAUCUGGCCCCACUGCGGUACCAGCGCCUGGUGCCCUCACGUAGCCGCAUUGUGCGCACACCCUCGCUCAAAGACUACGCACCCGCUGGGGCCCGUGGGCUCUCCAAGGCCGCUGUCACUGAGGAGCUCAAGUCGUGGCACCAACGCGCCCGGCUGAGGGGUGCCCGGCCCCACUCCCUCGACCGGCAAGGAGCUUUCCAGAGACCCCAUGGUGGGACCACCAGGGAUGUGCCCAUUGCUCAUGGAAUCCUGUCACUGGUUCAGGAUCCCCCGGUGCAGGUGCUGCGACGCUCAGCAGCCAGCGUGCCCGUGCAGUUCUAUACGCCCGAGAACGGCGAGAUUGUCACCCAAGUGUGAGUGCUCAUGCCCCCACCCCAGGGCGGGGGCACAUCCUGGCUGGCCCAGGGGCGGCAGGGACGUCUCAUGCCUCCCCACCCUGGUGUGGGGGCACAGGAGAGAGCCACAGUGGGGUGGCAGGGGCUGGCCCCCACCCUGUGUUCCCUCACUGGCACUGUAAUGCUGAUAGGGACACUGCGACCCCAGUGCUUAUGGUGACCUUGGUGUCACCACGACCCUGAAUUUGAGGUUCUGGUCUCUAAUAAAAGUGG